AUGGAUCAUAUGGAGUUGGGAGACAUGGGCAGUGGCUGUGAAGAUGAAAACUGUGGCCACGCUUCUGGCUUCCCGGAGGACUGCUUGAACCAAGAGUGCCAGUGGGAGGAUUCAAUGUUUGGAUUUACUGAGUUAGUGUGUGUGACUGUCAUUUACAUUCCACUGAUGCUCUUCGGCCUCCUGGGAAAUAUACUGACAAUUCUGGUGGUUUGGCUCCGACCUCACAUGAGAAGCUCUACCUACCUGUACCUGAGCAGCAUGGCUGUCAGUGAUCUGCUGAUACUCCUACUGCUGCCUCUGGAUCUGUAUAAGCUCUGGAGGCCCAGACCCUGGCCUCUAGGAGAACUUGCCUGUAAAUUGACAAUGUUCCUCUCAGAGUGCUGCACCUUCUGCACCAUCCUCCACAUCACCUUCCUCUCCUUGGAGAGGUACCUGGCGGUCUGCUGGCCAAUCACAGCCAAGACCCUGGUGACCCGGCGCAGAACAAGGGCUCUUAUCGGCUGCCUCUGGCUGGGUGCGGCAGUUAGUGCAGCACCGUUUUUGGUCAUGGUUGGAGUGGAGGAAGUUGGGGGAGAGGAACUAGGGCUGGGCGGAUGGACGGAGGACGGAGGAUGGACAGGCAAGGAAGGAGAACAGCAAGGAGGAUUUAUGAUAGGUCUAGGGGAAAGAGAAAGUGGACACAUGGCAUCAAUAGAUGGAGUAUUGGAGGGAAUAAAGUGGGGAGAAAAGGAGAAAAAGGGAUGGGGUGAAAGAGAUGGGGAGUUAAAAAGGUUUGGGCAGAAAGGAGAGAGAGAAGUGGGAAAAGACAAAAGAAAUGAGAGGGAACAAGAAGAUAGAGGAAAAAUUAAACCUGAAAAACAAGCAGAUAAGGGAGGAGGUGAAGAAGAAGGAGAGAUGGAAGUUGAGGUAGCGCGGCUAAAUAAAAUGAAAGAGGAUGAGGGAGGAGGAAGGGAAGAAGGCAUUGAUAGAGGUGGCAGAGGAGAGAUUGACAAUAGAGAGUGCCGCUGCACACACUACGCCGUCUCCUCAGGGCUGUUGUCAGCCAUGAUGGUUGUCUCCAACUUGUACUUCCUGGUACCCCUGUGCAUCCUGGGACUCGUCUACAGCUUGAUUGGACGGACUCUGUGGCUCCGUCCACAAAGCAGCCGUAGAGACCAGAGUCACCGGCACACUGUCAAAAUGUUGGGAGUGAUUGUCUUGGCGUUUGUCCUGUGCUGGCUGCCCUUCCAUGUGGGUCGGACCAUUUUUUCUAUUUCUCUAGGCAGCAGUUCAGACAGACAGGAAGCGUACAUGGACACAAACUCAAACUUAGACAUUAACACUCUCUCUGAUUAUUUAAACCUGGUGUCCUCUGUCCUCUUCUACCUCAGUGCUGCCAUCAAUCCUUUACUGUACAACCUGAUGUCUGCCAGCCAUGCAGGCCUGGUUCCUGAUGCCUCCCUGGAUGCCUCGCUGGCCUCUCUGCUGUCUCUGAACUCCUCCUGGGCUCUGGAGCAGCAGUACUCCACCCUUCAGAGCACUAUGACCUGGCACCAGCGGUUUGCCUUCAACCGUGACCUCCACACACUCUUUGGAGGAAACACCAUGGUUCCAGUUGCAGCCAAUAGCCAGGACAAGAUGACAGCACUGCUGGAGAACUCCCAGAGGAAGCUGCGGUCCGAGCUGAUGGAUUUCUAUGGGAGGAUGGUGUCACUGGAGAGGAGCGCUCUCAGCUCUGCCGGGGUAAAGCAAUGGAUGAACGGAGCUGCUCUCCAUGUCCACAUGGUCCUCCACUGGAAGCGUCUGACCGACCCAUCGGCUGGAGAGUUCUUAAAUCUGGACUACCUGCAUCGUGUUGACCCACUGCUCGACGCCUACAGAGAGUAUCUUGUCAAAACGGUUCAAGUGUUUCCGGCUAUGAGUCCCGGCCCCAGCGGGUUGCUGACAGUGGAGCCUCUGAGAAAUGUGAGCCAUGUGGUUCAACAUAGAGUCUGCGAACGUAAGGCCAUCCAGCACACUCUGGUGGAGCGCUUCCUGUCAGACCAGAACCUGCAGAGGGGAAAGGAGUUCUUCCAGAGCUCCCACAAGCACCAUGAUGCUCUGAUAGUACAACACCGACACUUUCAGCUGAGUGGGGUUUGA